ACACGCGCUUGCUCAGUCGCGCUCUGUCCCGGCAGGAAGAUGGUGUCUGUCAGGAUGCAGUCGUGUGUGUUGUCAGUUUUACUCCUGAACGUUUUCUACAGUUUCGUCUCCUCUUUGUACUUUCACAUCGGAGAGACAGAGAAGAAAUGUUUCAUAGAGGAAAUCCCGGACGAGACGAUGAUCAUCGGAAACUACCGGACUCAGCUGUAUGAUAAACAGAGAGAAGAAUACCUCCCUGCCACUCAGGGUCUGGGGAUGUUUGUGGAGGUCAAAGAUCCAGAUGACAAGGUGAUUCUGUCGCGUCAGUACGGCUCAGAGGGAAGGUUCACCUUCACGUCACACACACCUGGAGAGCAUCAGAUCUGUCUGCACUCCAACUCAUCCAAGUUCUCUCUGUUCGCUGGAGGCAUGUUGAGGGUUCACUUGGACAUCCAGGUGGGAGAACAUGCCAACAACUACGCCGAGAUCGCUGCCAAAGACAAACUGUCGGAGCUGCAGCUGAGAGUCCGACAGCUGGUGGAGCAGGUGGACCAGAUCCAGAAGGAGCAGAACUACCAGAGGUACCGUGAGGAGCGUUUCCGUCAGACCAGUGAGAGCACCAACCAGCGGGUCCUCUGGUGGUCCAUCGUGCAGACCCUCAUUCUGGUGGCCAUCGGUAUUUGGCAGAUGAGACACCUCAAGAGCUUCUUUGAGGCAAAGAAACUGGUGUAAUUAUCCUCCGAGGGGAGAGUGUCUGUGUGUGUGUCGUUGUGUGAGUGUGUGUUUGAUGCAGUACUGAGUGGCCGCGGUGGCAGUCGCUGCUGUCAGAGGAGACGGGACGCGGAGAAAAGCAGCUGCAAGAUUCGGCUAGAAACAUCUUUAGAUUAUUUUUAUUUUGAAUGUUGUCAUUGUUUCACCAGCCCUGUUUGUCACGAAACCCUCAUGUGUGCAGCAGACUAUCAGGGACAACGUGACAUCUUUAUUUAUUACACAGGAUUUCUUCUCUGGUGUAACCACAGAGCUAAAUUUGUUGUAUUAGAUUUUUGCAGCCCCUUUUCUUCCCUGUUGCUCACUGUGAUGAUUACAUGAUGUGUUACUGGCCUUUAGAGAUGUUCUUCAAAGUUGUGCACGAAGAAAAAUAUGAUUUGAUUUGAUUUGAAGUAAACAGGUUCAUCUCUGUAAUUAUAAUCUGGAUUCUUUUGUAAAAUAACAGUUUUGUGAUUCAUUUUGUGCCUCUUGAAGGAAAAUUUUAAUCUGUAAAUUCUGACACUCGAGGCCGAUACUAAACCUUUAAUGUUGAGACGGUGGCAGAAAAACUUCUGAAACUUCUUCUGAUAUUCUGCCCUCAGUGUUAACAGGGUUAAAAACAUGUCUGAGGACACAGAAUGUGAUGCUACAAGGAUCACAGGAUUUUUCUGGCAUCCAUCAUGUACACAUAAUCUUGGAGUUCAAAGUAUAUCGGAUCGUUAUUUUCCAUGUAGCCGUGAAAUUCUCAUGCAGAGCUCCAGCAUCCAACAGGUUGCUGACUCUGUGCAGCUUUUUUUUUUUUUUUUUUUUUCCCCCACAACAAUAUGUUGGCCUUGAUACCAGCAAUGAUUUUAUCACCAGAAGAACUGGAAUCUGCUACGAUUAAACAAUAAGGAAGAAAAAACACGUUCAGAUCUUUAGGGCCAGAAAAAGAAGCGCUGUUAGUCUACAUUGGGUGUCUGCACACAAUAAACUUUGAGUUCUCGCGUAAGUGCUCACAUGAUGAAAUUCAAGUGAUGUGAACGCUUGCAGCCAUACGAAUACAGCUGAGUAAAAAUAUUCAUCAUUGUGAGGUGAAUUAUUGACCUAUCAAGGCUGAGAAUUUUGGUAUUUGUAAGACCGAAGCUCUGCAGUUUGUGUGAAAUCAACCAAAUGUUUUCUGUUUGUCACUGCGUGAGUAAAUCUACUGAAUGUAUGUUUCUGUUUGUCUGAUUCAGGAUCAGUGCUGGUUUCUUGGCAGAUGCAUAAAAAAAUAUUCUGAUCGUUUGGCUCAUCGUAUUUUUAAACCACCAAUCUGCCUGAUUUUCACAGAUCUUCAGAUUUGGGGGAACAUUCAGAGGAGACUUUUAGUUCCUGGAACAUUUUGAUCAAACAGGAGCUUCACUUUUGAGGCAUCCAUUAACCUUAAUAGAUGAUUUAAGAUAGAUGAUAGUUUUUUAUUAAUUGUCUCUUUUUGCUUCGACACUGCCAGAGACGCCUUCCUGUUCGGAUCUCUGUCCUAAAAAUUCUAUCUAAACUCAAACACUGAUGACAUGUCAAAAAGUUUAAAAGCCGCACUGAGUGAUCUGGGGAAGAAAAACAUUUAAAUGUAAAAAUGCCUGAGCACUGCAUCGCCAGCAGCUCCUGUCUGGAUGAUCCUCACUUUCAGGUGUUUGUUUCUUUCUAUUUUCACCAGUGUGAGCUCAGUUUUGUCUUCAGACUCGGACAGAACCAGACAGUCCUGAAUCUCUGAACAUUCAGCUUCCACACAAAUUUGUUGAAUGACACAUGAGCAGUGAGAUGGCUUAAGUCCUCCUUGAAGAGAAACCUGUGGAAUAAAUCUCAUUCUGAGGAGUUAAAUCAACUAUCAGAUUUUAGAGAAAGAUGGCAGAUGCAGGUGUUUAACACUGUUGAGCUUCAGAUAUUAAGAUUUUGUUCCUUUUUAUUAUUUCUACUCCUUCCUUUCUUUCUGGUGGUUUGUGUUGGGCUGUCUUCUGUUGCUGGUAGAUUUCAGAAAUGUUUUCCUGAGUUAGAAUAAAUCAGUUGGUUUCGGCUGGACGAGGGGCUUGAAUUUAUUUUAUUUUUAGAGAGAUUCUGUCAAUGUGAAAUCUGUCUAAAAUUGCACUCGAAAUAAAGUUUUGUCACAUUUGGUUUAAAGGA